AUGACAGAGUUAAAUAUCCCAAAGGGUGUGAAUUCGACGAUUCUUGCGCUGGUUCCAAAGAAAGUGGAUUCGAUGGAGAUGAAAGAUUUUAGGCUUAUUGCUUGUUGCAAUGUCCUCUACAAGGUGGUGUCGAAGAUUCUUGCGAAUAGGCUGAAACAGAUUCUCCCUAGAGUGAUUACUGAAAACCAGUCAGCGUUUAUCAAAGGCAGACUCCUAAUGGAAAAUGUGCUUCUUGCCUCGGAGUUAGUCAAAGACUACCAUAAAGACACUGUCUCGCCAAGGUAUUCUAGAGGCUAUGGGGUUCCUGGGAAGUUCAUUCACUGGAUAAAACUCUGCAUCUCUACUCCUUCUUUUUCAGUUCAGAUUGACAAAGUUAUGAGGGAGAACAGGUUCAACUUACAUCCUAAAUGCAAAGCUUUGUCCCUAACUCAUCUAUGCUUCGCAGAUGACCUAAUGGUCUUUGUAGAAGGCACCAAAAAGUCGAUUGAAGGAGCAUUAACAGUAUUUGGAGAUUUUGCAAAGUGGUCUGGUCUGAACAUUAGCAUCGAAAAGUCGACCCUCUUCAUGGCGGGAGUGACUGAUGUUGAAAGAAGCAGUAUCUUGAGAAAUUUCCCAUUUGCUGAAGGUAAACUCCUUGUUCGCUACUUAGGUUUGCCUUUGAUGACUAAAGUGAUGUGCAAGCAAGAUUAUGUUCUUCUGGUGGAAAAUGUGAGACGUAAUAUCAGUUCUUGGACUUGCCGGUUUCUCACUUAUGCUGGUCGCCUGCAAUUAAUCACUGCAGUUAUAAUGAGUAUAGUUAACUUCUGGGCUGGGGCUUUUAGGCUUCCGAGCAAGUGUAUUAAGGAAAUAGAACAACUCUGUUCUUCGUUUCUUUGGUCUGGCCCUGCUCUCGGAUCUACUCGAGCGAAAGUAGCCUGGAUUGAUCUCAGUAAGCCGAAAAGUGAAGGUGGGUUGGGGAUAAGAAGAUUAAAAGAGGUGAAUAAGGUUUAUGGUUUGAAGCUCAUAUGGAGGUUGUUAUCUGGUUGUUCACUUUGGGGGAAAUGGAUAAAGGUUUACUUACUCAAGAAAAAGAAUUUUUGGGAGGUAAACUUUAAAAGCCAUGUGGGGUUCUGGAUGUGGAGGAAGAUUUUGAAGAUGAGAGAAGUUGCUAAGAUGUUUUAUCAUAAGGAAGUGGGGAAUGGGCGUCACACAUCUUUCUGGUUUGAUAAGUGGUUAAGUAAGGGGACGUUGUUUGACAUUUUGGGAGAUAGAGGCUUUAUUGAUAUGGGAGUGAGGAAAGAAGCUACUUUGGAGGAAGCUAUCAUGUGUUUAAGACGGAGAAGGAAACAUAGAAGUACUGUGAUUAAUGAGAUUGAAGCUGAGUUGAGAUUGAUAAAGCUGAAGCUGAUUGAUAGUACAGAGGAUGUUGAUAUGUGGAAAGUCGAAACCAGGAACCAUCUCUUUUUUGACUGUACCUACUCUGCUCAGCUUUGGGAAUCUCUCACUCUGGGUAUUCUUCGUAGUGAUUUCUCUAAGGACUGGGCCACUAUUAUUGCUCUGUUAACAGAUAACUCAAGGGGCAGGAAGAGCACCUUCUGUGUUCGUUACUCAUUCCAAGCUGCUGUUUAUGCGAUAUGGAGAGAAAGAAAUAGGGUGAAGCAUGGAGAGAAGCUUACGGCCAUUGUGAUUUUGUUAAAGCUUGUUGACAAGAUGAUAAGGAAUAAGCUUAGCUUGGUUAGAAUGGAGAAGAGUGGCAGAGUUGUUUUCAGAGAAGAUGGAAUCUCAGCAAAGCCAGGAUCUGAUGCUAUGGCAUUGUCAGAGCACAUUGAGAUGACUGAUAAUGAUGAAGAGGGGGAGGAAGAAAAAGAAGCCAGUAGUGCUUCAAGCUCUGAUGAAUCUGUUUCGAGUGAUUAUGAUGAAGAGUCUCCUCAAGGCAUAUGCGUUUUAGAAAGGAUGGGACUUGGCGCCUCUGGCCAACGGAUCUUGGUAAAAGUAGUUCUACCAAAGCUGUCGAUGGAUCACGCUCUUGAACAUAUCAAGAACGGAAAAGAUAAAUUUGAGAAACAGAAAAAGAAGAAGAAAAGGAGCAGAGUUGGCAAAAGGAAACGUGAGAAGAAGUUUGUCAAAGCUGUUUGA